CCGCGGGGGCGAGAGCCGCACCGCCUCCGCGGGAACCCGGCGCGGGCGGCGGAAGAGCGGCGGCCAACGGCCGGUGCGCAGCGGCCGCUGGAACGCAGCCGUGACUUCCGCAGGCACGGAUUCCUCAGACCCGGGAAUCCAAAGGCCGGGGGAAAGAAUCUGAGGCGACUGGCAGGAGUCCGUUGGUUUUUCACGUGGGUGAGUCCAGCCUCAAGGACUGGGCCAGGAGAGACUGCCGUGGGAAAGGGCAUUCCUUCCAGAAUCACGCAACAGAGACGCCGAGACGAGACGCGCACAGAGAUAAGCACCGCGGAGCUGCCUUGGAAGAUGCGAUGGCAGCAGCCAGCCGCUCCCAGAGACACACACACAGACAGCACGUCCUCUGCCGGCCUCGACACCUCGCGCUUUAUUUCUGGUGCCUACGCAGGCGCGGAGGACAGACACACUGGACAAAACGCGGUGGUCUCCAUCCAGAAGUGGGGGCUGUGGUCGCACCUCUGCCCGGAAGCGGGGCUGGGCGCCAGAGCAGGCGGUCUGCUCGCCAGAGGCGGUGAGGAGAGGAGUUGGGGCGGGAGGGGGCGGCACCCAGUCCGGUCCUGGAGGGGCUGGGUUUUCUCAAGGUGCUGGGGUGCGAGUUUAGUCCUGGGACCUGGCCGCCCCUUUCUGAGGGGUCCCAGCGUCUCAACCAAGAAGCAGGGGGACAGGAGGGCGAGGAUGCUGCGGAUCUGUGCUGGCCGCUGGCUCCAGGGCGGGGGCGGGGGCGGGGGCCGGCUUCAGAGGGGCUGCGUGAGCGCCGAGGGGCCUAGCACCGGGAGGCUCGGCCGCAGUCGCCACGUCGCCGCCGCUCCUGGGGGAUGACGGACGCCCACAGCCCGGGGCCCAGGUGGACAACUGGAAACAGAGCCCAGACUCCAGAGGGACAGCGGUGGGUGGUGCCCCCUCGCCGGACGGGAGCCCUCUUUCUGGAGGCGAGCAGCUGAAGAGCGAAGCAGAACGCCGCCGUCGGCUCGGCGGGCCAGGGCUGCGACGAGGCGCAAGAACCCGCGGCUGCCAGGGCCGACCUGCUGAGGUCCCGGCAGACCGCACGGUGGCCUCCACGCUGACCGGGGAGGCAGGCAUCGCUGCAGGGGGGUCUGAGGCAGCUGGAAUGGAGGAAGGGGGUCAGCCCUUUCCUUUUUCUCAAGUAGCCAGUAACACCCAGGACAGAAGGCACCGGCCGGGCAGCACCGAGAACAGAGAUGGGGCUCAGCCCUGGGGGAGACGGCGCUGGAGCCGGAGCCCAGCCGCGGGUCGACGGCCAAGGUGGGGCUGAGAGGCCAGCGCCCAGGGAAGGCCCACCUGGCGAGGUGUCUCCUCGUCCUUCCAGGCUGGGACGCCCUGCUCCGGGGCCGCCUCCUUCUGCGUGGCAGAGACCUUAAGGCAGUGAUGUCAGCACCAUCCUUGGACAGACAGCCUCUUCCCGCGGGAGAAUUGCAUAUUUUCUGGCAGGGUUGGGGUCUUCACAGCUCUAGCAGCAUCAACAGACAUCCCCUCCAGCAGAUAAGAUCGGUCAUCCCUGGGAGCUGCCAGGUGAAUGCAGAAGCUUCUGAAAGGAGCAAUCUGACCACCUUUUGGACCUACGUGAACCUCUUCUAGUAGGAAGGUUCAGAUGUAGCCGCUCCUUGGUUUGGUGGGACAGAGAGAUCCAGGUUAGUGGUUGCUGUGCCUGUAGGUUCUGAUAAGUGUGUGUGCUACUCGGGGCUCCAAAGAGCAUCAAAGAUGCCUGGUCUGCAGAGCCCAGAACCACAGCCUCGCCAGGCAACCCAGUGCACUGGCAGUUAACCGCGGGCUUCUCGGCGGCCGGCUCCCGCGGUUUGGACACCGUUUCUCAGGCGACCCUGAGGCCCACGAGAUAAGGAGAUGUGUGUCCAGCGGAGAUGAAUGUUUCCUAGUAGCAGUGAAUGUAAGUCCUCACACCUUCUUUCCUUAUACCCAGUGACUGGUACACAGUAAGUGCCCAAUAAAUGCUUGUCCAAUGAAGGAAUUGGGACUGCCGAGCCUUCAGGGCAACUUCUGCAAAAGGUGGACCCCUUUGGAAGGCAGAUCUUUGCCACCGAAUCAGACUCAUCCUAUUCCGACUGGGAGCGUCUCACACGGGUGUCCACUCCAAGUGAAUCUUCGCUUGUUCAGAGCCGACAGCAAAGGCCAGCCAGGGAUUCUGGAUUCAGCCGGGCAGAGCAGUUGCCAUCAGAACCGUGCAGUGAGGGCUCCGCAGGCCACAGAGGGAGAUUUUCCAGGUUCUGGUUUCCCUCCAGUCCACGGGGAAGCUUAGCUGAGGUCUUCUGUCAGGAUGGGCCCACGAUAUCCUCCAGAGACUGGCCACCAUGCUCCAGGCAAGACGUGUGGGACUCGAGGUCCCUCCUCUCCCACUGCUGAGCUGGCUCUUCAGGUCCCAUGAGAGCCCCGGAGUGCCAGGCGCGACUGCGUGGCAGGCAUCUUGCGGGUGCACGCUGCCCAGCACUGGGCUCUCCACAGGGCGACCUGGAAAAGCCAGACCAGCCCCAGGAAAAGCAGCUUGAGCAUUUCAUGGACUUGUGAGGGUACAGGAAAACAAGCUGAGAAAGAAGAGGGGAAUAAAUAGGCAAAUGGGAGGGAAAAAUGGAAACAAAAAAAAAAAA